AUGAGUCAAUCCACGUCGGAUGACCGAGUUUCUGCACUGAAAUGCCGGUUCGAAGAUCAGCGUGGAAUCUGGUCCCCGGCUUGGGAGUCCGUAGCGAAGCUGAACCCAGGCUACCUGGAAGGAUACCUCAAGAUUCAAUGGGCGUCACAACACCGAAACCGACUACCACCCAAGAUCCAGGAGCUAUGUUACAUAGCUGUCGCCUCAUCUGUAACUCAUAUGUAUCUACCCGCGGUGGAAGCACACAUCUUGGCUGCCUUGAGGACGGGCGCUACGAGCGAGGAGAUCUUCGAGGUUCUAGGCUUGAGCUACCUCCUGGGAGUACACACUGUGACCAUGGGCUUCCCAAUUCUCCAAGAACUUGUGGAGGAACUUUCAAUCCCGGCCGACACAGUCACUCCUGAGCAACAGGAGCUAAAAGAGAUCAUCAAAUCGAGAUUUAUUGCAACCAGAGGCUUUUGGCCCGAAACCUUCAAACCCCUACUGGAUUUGGACCCGGAAUUCUUCGAACAGUAUACAGAUUUCUCAUCGUUCUCACCAAGGUCGAAGGUUCUCGAGCCUAAAUAUCGUGAGCUCAUCAUUACAGCCAUUGAUGCUGCCACGACCCAUCUUUAUUCGCGAGGCACGAAAAUCCACAUGCGUAAUGCAUUGAAGAUGGGCAUUACCCCAGCUGAGGUUCUAGAGAUGCUCGAAAUUACAAGUUUAAUGGGCAUUGACGGCGUUGUCAAUUCAGCGCCGUUGUUGGCAAAAGCGAGAGAGUUGGUACCAAAAGAUGGGUCAAGUUUGAGUACAUGA